AUGGGUCGCCGAAAGAACAACAACAGCAAUCAGAGCUCAGCUGGCUUCAGCCACUUGCCCCAAGGCUCCAAGAUUCGCUUCGCAGACAAGGAAGACGAAGACGAAGCUCUCAAAGACGCCUCCGGGAGCGCCAACCACGACGAGUCCAUGUGCGACCCCGAGCUUGACAAGGCCGUUGAUGACUCCAUGGGCGAGCCUGAGGUCUCUUUCAUCGCCGCCGAUGAUAAGACCAGCGCCGACUAUUACUUCGACUCCUACUCUCACUUCGGCAUCCAUGAAGAAAUGUUGAAGGAUGUAGUGAGGACUAAGACAUAUCAAAAUGUUAUUUAUCAGAACCAGUUUCUGUUUAAGGACAAGAUUGUUCUUGAUGUGGGAGCUGGGACUGGAAUUUUGUCCCUAUUUUGUGCAAAAGCUGGUGCACAGCAUGUGUAUGCGGUUGAGUGCUCAGACAUGGCCGACAUGGCAAAAGAGAUUGUUGAAGCAAACGGAUUUUCUAAUGUAAUAACAGUUCUGAAGGGAAAGAUUGAAGAACUUGAGCUUCCAGUCCCUAAAGUGGAUAUAAUUAUCUCAGAAUGGAUGGGAUAUUUUUUGUUGUUUGAGAAUAUGUUAAAUACAGUCCUCUAUGCUCGUGAUAAAUGGCUUGUAGACGAUGGAGUUUUACUACCAGACAAAGCUUCACUCUAUUUGACAGCUAUCGAGGAUGCAGAGUACAAAGAAGACAAGAUAGAAUUUUGGAACAACGUAUAUGGCUUUGACAUGAGCUGCAUCAAGAAGCAAGCCAUGAUGGAGCCCCUUGUGGAUACAGUUGACCAAAAUCAAAUUGUUACAAAUAGCCAGCUACUCAAGACAAUGGAUAUAUCUAAGAUGACUCCCGGAGAUGCUUCCUUCACAGCACCUUUCAAGCUUGUUGCUGAACGUGAUGAUUUCAUUCAUGCUCUUGUAGCCUACUUUGAUGUGUCUUUUACAAAGUGCCAUAAAUUGAUGGGCUUCUCCACAGGGCCAAGAUCACGGUCUACUCAUUGGAAGCAAACAGUCCUGUACUUGGAAGAUGUGCUAACAGUAUGUCAAGGAGAAUCCAUUGUCGGAAGCAUGACUGUGGCGCAAAACAAAAAGAAUCCCCGUGAUAUUGAUAUCAUGCUCAAGUAUUCAUUAAAUGGCCGACGAUGCACGGUCUCGAGGGUUCAAUAUUACAAAAUGCGCUAA